CAUCAGUGUGUUCAAAACAACGGGGAACUCGGAAAAUAAAUGAGGCCCGAGGGGAAAAAUGUAUUUGAACAGUCAUCCAACUCGAGAACUCGGUCCUCUUUCUAGAGCUCCGACUUUCCGACCUGAAGAUCACUAACGACGAUAUAUAAAUUCGUAUUUUUUCAGGUUGUUUUGAACGCAUAAUUUCCCUAGCGAGUCUGUGGGUGUAUUCAUUACGCGGAUUCCGCUUCAAAAGGUCUCGUCUGUUGCAAAACGUUUAGCAACGGAAACCUUUCACUCCAAACGGAAAACAUUUUGCAACGAAAAUAAAUAAAUAUAGGUCCCUCCCAAUUGGUUCUGUUUGCUUCCGCGUAAUGAAUAUACCCUGGGCAAGAAAGAAGUGAAAUGAGAAGCUAGCUAGCUGUUUAGCUACCCGUCUGACUGCUCGGAAAAUGUCAACGUGUCUUAUUAGCUAGCUAGCAUAAUCAAAACUUACUUUGGAAAAGCAUCUAUUCGGCAGUGAUGUGAUUUUCCAGCUUGGUUGCAACGGCCGUUAUUCCUGAGACCCCAGAUGAUCCAGCAGAUGGAGGGGGGGGCUGCUGCUGCCCCCGUCCCCAACCCUCUCUCCGAUCUCUCCUCCCCCCUAACCCCUCCUGUGACCUCUGACCCCCCUCCCUCUCCGUACCCCCGGCCCUCUGCCGGCCCCUUCAUCAGCGAGGACCAGUUUGGGUGCCACUGUUGCUACGACGUCCUGGUAAACCCGACAACGUUGAACUGUGGUCACAGCUUCUGCCGCCACUGCCUGGCUCUCUGGUGGGAGUCUAGUAGGAAGACUGAGUGUCCUGAGUGCAGGGAAAAGUGGGAGGGCUUCCCCAAAGUCAACAUCCUGCUGAGAGAUGCAGUAGAGCGCCUGUUCUCAGAGGUGGUGGGUAGGAGGAGAGCAGAGAUCCUGAGGAACCCCAAGAUCACCCAGAGCCUGCUGGCCUUUCAGAGGUAUGGUGAUCAGGCAGCCAGAGGAAUCCCCAAGACCAGUCCUGGUAGAGGAGCAGGAGGGUUCUUCUCUGGAGUCCUCACUGCACUCACCUGUGUCGCGGUGAUGUUUCUGGUGUACCACUGGUCCAGUGGAGAUGGGGUCCAUGACCUCUUGGUCAGUAAACCUGUGUCAAAAUGGACGCCGGAGGAAGUUCUGUUCUGGUUGGAACACCUUGGGGCAUGGACCUCUCUCUAUAAAGAACCAUUCCUACAGGAGAACGUUAACGGACGGUUAUUGUUGAUGCUUGGCGAUGAGGAGCUGACCAGAGCUCCCUAUAACAUAGAUAACCAGGCCCACAGGAGAGCGGUGCUGGCUGAACUGGAGAGGAUCAAGGAACUGGGGGUCAAGCCACCUCAGAACCUCUGGGAGUACAAGGCUGUGAAUGCAGGUAAAUCUCUGUUCCUGCUCUAUGCUUUGAAGAGUUCUCCUCGCCUCACCAUCCUCUACCUCUACCUCUUCGACUACUCCGAAACCUUCCUCCCCUUCCUGCACACCUGCUGCCCCGCCCUCUCGCGCACCAGCGAGCCAAUGGAGAACAGGCUCCCCCUCAACCACCAGGUGCACCCCAGCUGGCGCCAGUGGGCGGAGUUCCUAGUUAAGUACCUCCUCCUUCCGUACCAGCUGAUCGCUGAGUUUGCCUGGGAUUGGCUGUCGGUUCACUACUGGACGUCACGGUUCAUCAUGGUCAACGCCAUGCUGCUGUCUGUCCUGGAGGGCUGCGUCCUGUGGAGGUUCUAUAACCGAGCUGAGAUCAGGAGUCUCCCUCAGAAGAUGUGGGGUCACUUGUGGCGGAUGUCCUCCCAGGGUUUUGCCUUCGCCCUGUUCUGGCCGGUGAUCCCUCAGUUUGUGUGUAACUGUCUGUUCUACUGGGCUCUGUAUUUCAACCCCAUCAUCAACAUAGACCUGGUGGUGCAGCAGCUAAUGCAUCCUGACACACAAGGGCCGUGAAGGACUGACCUGUUCCCUACGUAGUGCACUACUUUUGACCAGUGCCCCUUAUGGGUAGUGCACUAUAUAGGGAAUAGGUACGUAAGAGCCGUGAGUGAGGAGGUACCGUUUAAACACAGGAUGUGUCUUUUUAAUGGCUCCCUAUUCCCUUUAUAGUGCACUACCCAUAGGGACUCUUGUCAAAAGUAGUGCACUAUGUAGGGAAUAGGGUGUCAAGUGCCAUAAAUGAGGAGAUACUAUGGCCUGCCUCCCAAAUGGGGCCCACUGUAAAGGGAAUAGGUAGCCCACAGUAUCAUAGCAGCAGGAUGGAUGCCAUCGUAGCCCACAGUAUCAUAGCAACAGGAUGGAUGCCAUCGUAGCCCACAGUAUCAUAGCAACAGGAUGGAUGCCAUCGUAGCUCACAGUAUCAUAGCAACAGGAUGGAUGCCAUCAUAGCCCACAGUAUCAUAGCAACAGGAUGGAUGCCAUCGUAGCCCACAGUAUCAUAGCAACAGGAUGGAUGCCAUCGUAGCCCACAGUAUCAUAGCAACAGGAUGGAUGCCAUCGUAGCCCACAGUAUCAUAGCAACAGGAUGGAUGCCAGUGUAGCACACAGUAUCAUAGCAACAGAAUGGAUGCCAGCGUAGCCCACAGUAUCAUAGCAACAGGAUGGAUGCCAUCGUAGUCCACAGUAUCAUAGCAACAGGAUGGAUGCCAGCGUAGCCCACAGUAUCAUAGCAACAGGAUGGAUGCCAUCGUAGCCCACAGUAUCAUAGCAACAGGAUGGAUGCCAGCGUAGCCCACAGUAUCAUAGCAACAGGAUGGAUGCCAGCGUAGCCCACAGUAUCAUAGCAACAGGAUGGAUGCCAGCAUAGCCCACAGUAUCAUAGCAACAGGCAGCCAUCUGUGAGCCAGACAACCCAAUGUCUUAAUGUGUCUGCGUCUCAAAUGGCACCCUAUUCCCUACAUAGUGCACUAUUUUACCCUGAGAUACAACCCUAAUGGCACCCUAUUCCCUAUAUAGUGCACUACUUUUGACCAGGGUCUGUAGGAAGCCUCAUAGGGCUCUGGUCAACAGCAGUGCACUAUAUAGGGAAUGGGUUACCAUUGGGAACGCAGACCAAAUUCUAUAUAAUAUUGGAUGGUUUCUCCUAAUGUCUUAAUUAAAAUAGUAUAUUUAAGCAAUAAGGCCAGAGGGGGUGUGGUAUAUGGCCAAUAUACCACGGCUAAGGGCUGUUCUUAUGCACGACACAAUGCGGAGUAAUCUAGUGGUUAGAGCCUAGUGGUUAGAGCCUAGUGGUUAGAGCCUAGUGGUUAGAGCCUAGUGGUUAGAGCCUAGUGGUUAGAGCCUAGUGGUUAGAGCCUAGUGGUUAGAGCCUAGUGGUUAGAGCCUAGUGGUUAGAGCCUAGUGGUUAGAGCCUAGUGUUUAGAAGCCUAGUGGUUAGAGCCUAGUGGUUAGAGCCUAGUGGUUAGAGCCUAGUGGUUAGAGCCUAGUGGUUAGAGCCUAGUGGUUAGAGCCUAGUGGUUAGAGCCUAGUGGUUAGAGCCUAGUGGUUAGAGCCUAGUGUUUAGAAGCCUAGUGGUUAGAGCCUAGUGGUUAGAGCCUAGUGGUUAGAGCCUAGUGUUUAGAAGCCUAGUGGUUAGAGCCUAGUGGUUAGAGCCUAGUGGUUAGAGCCUAGUGGUUAGAGCCUAGUGGUUAGAGCCUAGUACUGCCCCUGAACAAGGCAGUUAACCCACUGUUCCCCGGUAGGCCGUCAUUGUAAAUAAUAAUUUGUUCUUAACUGAUUUGCCUAGUUAAAUAAAGGUUAAAUAUAUAAAUCAACAACCACAAACCUCUGAUGAGCCUUAUUGCUGUUAAAAACUGGUUACCAACAUAGUUAGAGCUGUACAAAUAAAUGUUUUGUCACACCCGUUGUAUACGGUCUGAUAAACCACAGCUGUCAGCCAAUCAGCAUACAGGACUGGAACCACUCAGUUUAUAAAUAUAUAUAUAUAAUGAGGGUAAUUCAUAUUGAAGGGAAGAGGUUGUGUGUUUGUCUGUUAUGGUGGUCAGUGGUAAUAACUAAUAACCCUGUUCCUGGAGAGCUACCCUCCUUCCUGGAGAGAUACCCUCCUUCCCGGAGAGCUACCCUCCUUCCCGGAGAGCUACCCUCCUUCCCGGAGAGCUACCCUCCUUCCCGGAGAGCUACCCUCCUUCCUGGAGAGCUACCCUCCUUCCCGGAGAGAUACCCUCCUUCCCGGAGAGCUACCCUCCUUCCCGGAGAGCUACCCUCCUUCCCGGAGAGAUAGCCUCCUUCCCGGAGAGAUAGCCUCCUUCCCGGAGAGCUACCCUCCUUCCUGGAGAGAGACCCUCCUUCCCGGAGAGCUACCCUCCUUCCUGGAGAGAUAGCCUCCUUCCCGGAGAGCUACCCUCCUUCCCGGAGAGCUACCCUCCUUCCUGGAGAGCUACCCUCCUUCCCGGAGAGAUACCCUCCUUCCCGGAGAGCUACCCUCCUUCCCGGAGAGAUACCCUCCUUCCCGGAGAGCUACCCUCCUUCCCGGAGAGCUACCCUCCUUCCCGGAGAGAUAGCCUCCUUCCCGGAGAGAUAGCCUCCUUCCCGGAGAGCUACCCUCCUUCCCGGAGAGCUACCCUCCUUCCUGGAGAGAUAGCCUCCUUCCUGGAGAGCUACCCUCCUUCCUGGAGAGCUACCCUCCUUCCUGGAGAGCUACCCUCCUUCCUGGAGAGCUACCCUCCUUCCUGGAGAGCUACCCUCCUUCCUGGAGAGAGACCCUCCUUCCUGGAGAGAGACCCUCCUUCCUGGAGAGAGACCCUCCUUCCCGGAGAGAUACCCUCCUUCCUGGAGAGAUACCCUCCUUCCUGGAGAGAUACCCUCCUUCCUGGAGAGAGACUCUCCUUCCCGGAGAGAUACCCUCCUAAAACCUACAGGAUGGUAUCUCUCCAAAAACAGGGUUGGAGAUAAAACCUACAGGAUGGUAUCUCUCCAGGAACAGGGUUGGAGUUAAAACCUACAGGAGGGUAUCUCUCCGGGAACAGGGUUGGAUUUAAAACCUACAGGAGGGUAUCUCUCCGGGAACAGGGUUGGAUUUAAAACCUACAGGAGGGUAUCUCCCCAGGAACAGGGUUGGAGAUAAAACCUACAGGAGGGUAUCUCUCCAGGAACAGGGUUGGAGAUAAAACCUACAGGGUUGGAGAGCCCUGCCCUAUUCACACAGCGUGUCAGGGUUGGAGUUAAAACCUACAGGGUUGGAGAGCCCUGCCCUAUUCACACAGCGUGUCAGGGUUGGAGUUAAAACCUACAGGGUUGGAGAGCCCUGCCCUAUUCACACAGCGUGUCAGAGUUGGAGUUAAAACCUACAGGGUUGGAGAGCCCUGCCCUAUUCACACAGCGUGUCAGAGUUGGAGUUAAAACCUACAGGGUUGGAGAGCCCUGCCCUAUUCACACAGCGUGUCAGAGUGAUGAUCUAGAGUCAGAUUCCCUCCCCGUCCAUAUAAUCUCAUUCAUUAUGAUUUAAAUGAUGAUCCAUAAUCGUAUUGAUUGAUCUCAAAACUGGUCCUAGAUCAGCCCUCCAACUCUGAGAACCUUAGUGAAUACGUGCCCAGGUUCUUGUUAGUUUUAUUCUCUGUCUGCGUCCCGGAUGGCACCCUAUUCCCUAUAUAGUGCAGUGUGCACUAUAUUUGACCAGAACCUCUGGUCAAAAGUAGUGCACUAUGUAGCGAAUAGGGUGCCACAACAUUCUGUUUCCAUGGUGAUGUGGCGCUAGCUCAGCUUGUCUCGUUGGAAGGCAACACACAUAAUGCCUUUUUACUUAAACAAAAAUAAAUAGUUAGGCACUUGAGUUUCAGAUGGUAAUAGUAAAUAAUCACAAGUUCUACUUCCUGCAUUCAGAAAGAGUUGAAACAUGGCGAUAUCCAACUGUUGUCAUUUUCAAUUGAAGGAAAUCACCUGUUUUGAGUAUUCGUCCCAAAUGGCCCCCUCUUCCCUAUGUAGUGCACUACUUUUGACCAGGGCCUAGAGGGUAAGCCAUAUGGCUUUGGUCAAAAGUAGUGCACUACGUAGGGAAUAGGGAGCCAUUUGGGAUGAACCCUAGGACAGGUGAGACUCCAUUGUUUAACAUAAAAGGGCUAUCGCUUCAUUGGUCCCGCUCGUGUAACCAAUGGCCUGAAGGAUGUUUUAUGUUUGUAUAUGACAAAAUGUGUAAAUGUUGUCAAUUUGUUUAAUUGUUCAUGAAUAGGUUCAUUCUUUGCGGUAUUCUGUUCCACCUGUCCUGUGGUUGAUUGUUUCAAAUUGCGUAGAUUGAAUUAUUAAAUAUCUGUCUUUUUUAUUUUUAUUCUGAUUUCAUUUUUCAUUUAGAGGAAUUCCACCACUUUUCUGUAAGUAAUGGUCUAUAUAUGGGCGGCAGGUAGCCUAGUGGUUAGUGUUGGGCCUGUAACCGAAAGGUUGCUAGAUUGAAUCCCAGAGCUGACGAGGUAAAAAUUGUCAUUCUGCCCCUGUACAAGGCAGUUAACCCACUGUUCCUAGGCCGUCAUUGUAAAUGAGAAUUUGUUCUUAAUUGACUUGCCUGGUUAAAUAUAAGGGAUGCCAUUCAGGACAAACUAAGUUGUAUACUGGAAGAGGAUGAAUAUGAGGUUUAACAGUGGUGGAAUGUCCCUUUAAUUAAACUGGUGGUGCACUGUGAUUCUCUCUGAUGUGUUACCAUGGUGAAGGUGCACAAGCAUUUUGCUACACCCGCAAUAACAUCUGCUAAAUAUGUGUCUGUGACAAACAACAUUUAAUUUGACUGAUUCCCUCUGAUGCUGGGUUGUUAUGGUUUCUUAGACUUAGCAAACAAAUUAAUAAAAUACUUUUUAUUUUAAGAA